UCAUCCUCCCUGGAGAAGGCCAUGGACGCCCCUCCUUCGAAGGCAGCCUCUUUCCCCAAGCCGGAACCUUCAGCCUCUCCGGUGUCACCUUGCCCCAGGCUGGGCCGGUACCUGCUCAUUGAUGCCAAUGGGGUCCCUUACACGUAUACCGUGCUGAUGGAGGAUGAGGCGCCCCGGGCAGGCCCCAAGGGGGAGGCGGCCAGAGGCGAGCUUGGCCCUGGCUGCACCAUCGUGGCCUCUCGAAAGGGCUUCGGCUGCCCAGAGUGUGGCCGGGUCUUUGAGAGCCCCUUCAGACUGCAGAGCCACAGGAUUUCUCACUCGGAGCUCAAGCCUUUCGUUUGCGGGGCCUGCGGGAAGGCCUUCAAGCGCUCCAGCCACCUGUCCCGCCACCGCGCCAUGCACCAGCCCGGAGGCAGCCGGUGCCACGCAUGCCCCCUGCGCCCACGGCGCUUCCACGAUUCCGGAGAGCUGGCGCAGCAUUUCAGGGGCCACUAGGUGGUGAGGGGAGCGUCGUGCAGAGCCUGCCUGGGCUUAGACUGGCCGGCAGGCAGCCCAUAGCACCAGAUUGGGAGACGGAGGACGACCUGGGUUCGAA